AUGUUAUUGACCAACACACAAACUGCGGCCUGGUUGGACCAUCCCCAUCAUGGCGCAACCCUUACGCUAAGAAACGACAUUCUUAUCCCUGAGCCAUCAGAGGGAGAGGUUCUAGUGAAAUUGGAAUGCUCUGGUUUUUGCCAUUCUGAUGUCCACAGCAUCUAUGGAGAAACACCCAUGGAGACGAACAUCGCAGGGCACGAGGGCGUGGGGCGUGUUGUCAAACAACAAUUCUGGGAGAGGACUUUUCAACAAUAUGUUGUUUCGCCGCUGAAAUACACGACCAUUGUCCCCGAGGGCUUAGAGCCGGAAAUAGUAGCCCCAUUGCUUUGUGCUGGGAUCACCGUAUACGCAGGAGUUACACAAGCUUCCAAAUUCAUCACACAAGGAGACUCCAUAGUCAUUCUAGGAGCAGGCGGCGGCCUUGGCCAUCUUGCCGUUCAAGUUGCUAGCGUCUCUGGAUAUCGUGUCAUCGCCGUCGACAGUGGCGAUAAAGCUGAUGUUUGCAUGACAAGCGGCGCCGCUGAAUUCGUGGAUUUUUUGAAGCAAGACGUUGAGCAAACUGUCAAGGGAUUGACAGGUGGGAUUGGGGCUCACGCAGUCAUGGUGACUGCUGGUUCUGAGAAAGCUUACGAAUCUGUGCCGAAGCUGCUCAAAAACCUCGGUGUCUUGGCAUACUUGCGUGAGCCGAGAAAGCUGAUGGGGGUUUAG